AUGGUUCGAUCGGAAUUCCGACCGAAACCGUCGGAUUUUUGCGAGCGGCUGUCGCUCGGAUCCCACCACCGAUCGUGCACGAUACUGAUCGACGUUCACAGUGAGAACGCAGAAGAGGACGAACGUCAAUCGCAACUGAAAAAUUCAUCAGUGCAAAAGAAAUUGAAAGCGUUGUUGAUGCAAUUGGAAUGUGUUGCGUCAUUACAUUUGGAAGUGGAGGAAAGAUUUAGGUCACUCAAUAGUAUUGUUGAUAUUUGUAAUGAUAUUGAAUUGAAAGAACAAACGUGA